UUGUUGCAAGCCAAAAUGUCUUGCGGUCGCAUUACUAAAUUAAAUGUUAACAUUGAUAAGAGUCAGACGCACAUCACGUAUGACGAUAAUUCGACGCGUUUCAUAAUGAACAAUCCGUUGGGAUUUGUUUUUCGCAAUAUGGGUGCAGCAGGAUAUCGUUCCUGCGGUAACCGUGACGGCCAGGCGAGAGGUUUUCUUCAACGCCACUUUGGAAGACAUGGCAGUCUCAGGCGGACGCCUUCAAUGCGCGAAUUACUUGCAAGGCUGCAAGUUGAGAAAUACUUGGGACAUGAGUUCGAAUUGGAGCAGCAGCAAGAGCAGCAGCAGCCAAAGCUGAUAUACACUUGGGCGCUGGUUGAGUUGCCAGUUGUAUUGUCACAGCGUGCCACAAUAUUCGUGCAUCCUGUGGAGCAGCUGGUGGUUUUGAACUUAGAGUGGCAUCUGCAAAGUUGCAAGUGGCGGCAAUUCAAUGUCAGUGAAUUGGAAGAGUUACCAAAAUGUUACUGUGUACAGAUUAAGGAGAAAAUGGACAUUUUAAAUGAGUUAAUGAAAAGCGCAGAGCCCCAGGCGGAAGAGAAGCAACAUCCGGUGAAAAAGAUGCACUCCAAAUCGAAGUCACAGUCGAAAUCUGAGUCCAAGAUUGAUAAUAACAAGGCGAUGUGUGAUAUGAAUGCCAAUAUCCUUGAACUCAAUGCAUGUUUAAAGCAGCUGAAUUCCUUGCUGGAGAAACAGAACCAAAGUCAAAGAUGCAAUUAUUUGAAUACGUAGUAUUUUUUGUUCGUGUCUUGAGAUGUGAUCUAUCGAUAGUUUAUUAAAACACACAUUUUCAUUUCA